GCAGGGCAUUCUCCAACCCCCAGCCAUCGCCCGUGCUUCCGGCGCCGCCGUCUUCUAUCCCGCCGCACCGCCCCGCCCCGCCCCCAGCCACCGGAGCAGAUCUCUUUUUCCAACAAAAACCAUGUCCACUACCACGGCGACGUGCUCCCGGCGCGUGCGUCGAGGAUCCCGACGCCCCGCUAGUAUCCUCUUCAACACCAUGGCCGUCGUCGGCAUCCACAACAGCAACACCACCGCCAAAGACCGCACCCGGAAUGGGAAGCCCAUCCAGGUCUCUUUUUGCCUCAAGCGCCCGCCGCAGCCGUCCAAGCUCUUCGUUCACAGCUCCGAUCUGAACCUGUCCGUGCCCACGGACAUCAUCUACUCGGUGGACGACCUCCUCCUCCUCCGCGUCAACAUGGGGUCCGGCCCCUGGGCCCGGUACGACAAGGACUACGACUACUACGUCUACCGCGCCGACCCCGCCCUCCCGUCGCUCGAGCUGCUCCGGCGCCCGCACCCCUACUUCUACCGCACCGACGUCGGCCUCCUUCCUCGUCCGGGUGGCCACUACACCCUUGCCGCUCUGAAUUUCACCGGCAUCGUUCACCAGUUCGAGCUCCAUGUGUUCCACUCCGACACCUCGACCUGGGCCAGCAGGGUGCUGUCGGUGGCGGCGCCGCAGGAGGACUUCAAGGUGAGCAUUCCCCCGAGGUGCGACCGGCUUCUUCUUCACCAUACGACCACCGUGAUCACCAUCGGAGGCGAAGGCGGGACCAUGGGGUGGGUCGACCUCUGGCGCGGCAUCCUGCUCUGUGACGUGCUCGACGCUGAGCCCUCCCUCCGCGGCAUGCCGCUCCCCUUGCCGUUGGUGGAGAUGGGCUACAACAAUGGGUUGGGAAUUGACUUGGGCAACCCGGCGCAACGCCGCGGCAUCACCUUCAUCAGGGGCAAGGCCUGCCUCAACUUCGUCCACUUGGAAAUUACAGAGGAAUGCUUCCCGGAAGUGGAUGAGGAAACGGAAUCGAUUAGGGUCCGAGUGGAUGAUUGGGUACUCACCACAUGGAGCAACAAGAAGAUGAGCAGCUCCCUGGAGGAUUGGCACAAGGAAUCCGUGGUGCAAGCUUCCAGCAUCGCAAUCGACCCGGCGAUUUCACGGGUGCUGGAGGACACUGGAUUGCUGCAUGGAGCAUCGGAUAAUGACGCUGCAGCGGAGCGGCGAGACCUGCAGAACCUCUCCAUCUAUCAGCCCACUCCCAGCAUCACUGGUGAAAAUGUUGUUUACUUGGUAGCCAGGGAAAAGUUUAGUCAUCCAAAGGCAUGGAUUCUUGCUGUUGACAUGAAGAAUGAAGGCAGAGUGCAAUCUGCGGCUUACUUUGGUAUUCGACAAUACUUUGGUCUUGAUAUCAUUUAUUGCCAUAGCAGAAUCUCCAAGUAUAUGAGUCCAGUAAAGUAUGAAAACCCUGCCACUACCUCAGUUGACGAGGAUGUUGAAGAAGAAUUAGGUGAAGGUGGUGAGGAGGAUGAUGUUAAAGAAUUAGGUGAGGAGGAAUUGAUUGCUCUAUUAAAGAUGAUUACGACGAUCUCGGGAUGUCAGCCUUGAGAUAUUCAAGUUAUAAGGCUGGAGUACUCUAUAUGCUUGUGGAAUCCUCUUGCCUCCAUUGAACCAACUUGUAUGGUCAUGAAAUGUUGAUGAAUUCUCCAAGUUUUAGAGCUUCUCCAAGAGUACCUAAUAUAUUCAUCAGUACUAAUAAUUUCAGAUUGGGAUCUCUAUAAAGUUUUAGGCAUAGAAAAUACCACCUCCAACAGCAGCCCUAUAUCUUUGGUUCU